AUGGCCGCCCCGCUACGGCGGGGCCUCCCCUCCCUUGGCCGCGCACUUCUCACGCCGGCGCCGGCGCGGAUGCUCUCCGCGGAGGCCUCCGAUGCCCUCGUUGAGAUCAAGCCCGGGGAGAUCGGGAUGGUCUCCGGCAUCCCUGAGGAGCACCUCCGCCGUAAGGUUUUAAUUUAUUCACCAGCUAGGACUGCAUCCCAGCAAGGUUCAGGCAAAGUCGGGAGGUGGAAAAUUAACUUUUUGUCAACCCAAAAGUGGGAGAACCCGUUGAUGGGAUGGACAUCUACUGGGGACCCAUAUGCUAAUGUCGGUGAAGCAGGACUUACGUUCGACAGUGCGGAGUCAGCAAAGGCGUUUGCUGAAAAACAUGGAUGGAAUUAUGUGGUUCGGAAACGCCAUACACCUCUUCUGAAGUGCAAUGCCAAGUCAUAG